AUGGUUGGGCGGAUGGAUCUCACGUGCGUUCCACCGACAGAGCAUGCGGUCUGUCGCGUUGGCACGUGUGUUGUGGUGGGCCCGAUUCCCUCCUCCGCCCCUCCCCCCUUCAAAAGCCGAGCACCGUCCUCCCAUCCGUCGCUGCUUUUGUCUUCUUCCCUUCACAUCUUUCCUUCAUUUACUCUCAGAGAACGAUUAGGGUUUGAUAGGUUUGGAUUGGAAAUUGAUCGAAUUGGGGGGCUGUGGAGAAGCAUGGACGGGAACUUCAGCAGCUACAGAUUUAUGAAUCGGAGCUACUGCGAAUCCUCAAUCGACUCCUCCGGCGCCUUUAGCGACUGCAACAGCGACCGCUCCGGCGAGUUCCCCGUUGAAUCUCAGCUAGCCCACCGGGUCCUGAUCUCUAGCACUGUCAAUUCCUGCAGCUCCGAUGAGCUCGUCCGCAACCUCAUCGCCGGCCUGAAGUCCGAGUCAGUCGAGGCCCAGUACCAGGCCGCCAUGGAGCUCCGCCUCCUCGCCAAGAACAGCAUGGAGAACCGGAUAAAGAUCGGCCAAUCCGGAGCCAUAAGGCCCCUUGUCUCUCUCACCUCCACCACGGAACAGCAGCUGCAGGAGCACGGAGUGACGGCCAUCCUCAAUCUCUCCCUCUGUGAUGAGAAUAAGGAUCUCCUCGUCGGAGCGGGGGCCAUCAAGGCCCUUGUCCGGGCUCUCAAGUCCGGCACCUCUACCACCAAGGAGAACGCCGCCAACGCACUCCUCCGACUCGCUCAGGUCGACGACCACAAGGUCACCAUCGGAAGGUCGGGGGCCAUUCCUCCUCUGGUGAGCCUCCUGGAAACGGGCACCUUCCGAGGGAAGAAGGACGCAUGCACGGCUCUCUACACGUUGUGCUCCUCCAAGGAGAACAAGGCCCGGGCGGUGCAGGCUGGCAUCAUGAAACCUCUCCUGGAGCUGAUGGCGGAACCCGACUCUGGGAUGGUGGACAAAGCGGCCUGCGUUAUGAACAAACUGGUCACCAUCCCCAAGGGGGUGACCGCGUUGGUGGAGGAAGACGGCAUCCCGGUUCUGGUGGAACUCCUGGAGACGGGAUCGCAGAGGCAGAAGGUGAUUGCCGUUUCUGCUCUUCUUCAGAUUUGCGCGGAGAGCGCUGUCUACCGCGGGAUGGUGACCAGGGAGGGGGCAAUCCCUCCGCUGGUAGCGUUCUCGCAAUCCGGCGAGACAAAAUCCAAGCAGCAGGUACCUCCCGUUGAAAUAUUCUUCUCCGCCGGAUUACGAAACGUUUUGCAGGAAACCGCGGGCUCGCCGUCCCCGGUGACUUACCGAUUAAGCGUUCAUCAGAGAUAGCUCUCCCAUUCUGCAAUUAAUUAUUCUCACUCGAUUCUUCUUCUUCGAGUACCGAUUAACCAGGUGACUGACCGUCGUUUUCUAAACACGUUUCAGGCCGAGGAUCUGCUAAGUCUCCUCCGGCAGCCGAGGCCAACAGCUGACGAGGGAUCUCAGACCCGUCCGCGGCGAUGA